AUGUUGCGUGCUUCUCGCGUGCUGACUCGGCCCAAGUCUCUAGAACGGCUCGGUCAGGCUGUUGCUAGAUCAACCAGUCGAGGACCAAUUAAAGAAACAAGAACCGCCUUUACUGACAUACCAGCCCAACUUACACCUUCAACAAGAGAAGCGAUGGCAGCAGCUAAGGAAGCCUCAAAAGUAGCAGCAACUGUGACAAGAUCCGAGCAACAAAAACCAGAAAUUUUAUCAACUGGAGUCAAUGAAGCAAAUGACGCUGAAGAGCAAAUGAAAGAAGAUGAUAAAAACUAG